GGCUACAACAACCUUUUUAUCCACUUUUUGUUUUUUAAAUGGCACGUUGACAUCAUUGUUUAAUUUCUUCCCGAAAUUUUUAUUGUUAUUUUCAAAAUUUUCAUUUCGGCUUUUUAUUUUCGGAUGAGGGUUUAAAAAAAUAGAAUGAUAUAAACAAAAUGUUAUACUGUAAAUCGAGUCUCCAUAAUUUCUUCAGAGCGACUUACAAUUGAGGAUUUUUCUCUUGGGGGGGAAAAGCUGGAAAUAUCGGAAAAAGUUGAGAUGCUGAAAGUUGGAGACCAUUUCCAUGAAAGUUCAGAUACCAAAAUUACAAAAUAAUUGCUGUAAAAGUUUUUCAAGCCAAGAAGUAAAAUGCGCCAAUUCAAGGAAGAUGAAGAUGAGGCAAAACAAAAACAGGAGAUGAUGGCAUAUUUUACUUCAGUAUCUUCAACGUUAAUGGACUUGGCCCAUAAUAAGUUUGCAGAUGGAACAUGGCAGAUACCACUGAAUCAAAGGGAUGAAGAUAUAGAAGUAUCAUAUCAAAUGCCAUUUGUUAAAAAAGUUAGUUAUGCUGUAGAACAAAACAAACCACAGAAACUUAACACCAAAGGAAAUACUAACACAGGGAGCAAAAAAGUACCUGGUACGGCGUCGAGUCAUUUGCCAGAUACUCCUCGUCCGACAGGGCCAUUGCCGCUGAAAGAGGCAAUCCCAAAGAAAAAAGAUUUGCAAAAAAUGACACCCCACACCAAAAUUCCUCCGGAGAAAAAAGCACUCGCCACACAGCCCCGUGGGACGGUACCGGUAAAAGUGGCUGGUGAUACUGACAGGCGUAUAAGAAAAGGCAGUGAAGACCCUGCGGCAGCAGGUCCCAGUAAAGCGCGUAACCGGGAUGAAGAAUACGCAGCUUACCAAAAAGACUGGGGCUUGGCCAAUGUUGAACAGUCUUCUAAAAGCACUACUAAACCUACUGUAGAACCGACCCAACCAAUUGAGCAGAACCCUCCAAAAGCCCCCUCCAAGUCACAAGAAAACGCUCCCCAGGCAAAAAAAAAUUUAAAUAAACCUAAAUGAUCAUUCGAAGUAUACAAAUCACAUGUUGAUAUGAAUCAAAAAAUGAUUUUUUUUUUUGUGGAAGAAUUUCUUUAAUAUAUAAUUUGUGUUGAAAUAAUUGUGUUCUUUAUUGAUAACUUAUUUAUUUGCUCGAUUGACAAUUUCUGCUAAUAAGCCGAGUUAACCAACAAAAUAAACAUUGAUUUGAAUUAAAUCUUACAACAAUUUGUAAAAUUUAUAUUAAAAGAAUACAAUUUACAUAUUUGACUAUUAUUUUACACAUUUGAUGUUUCAUUCAAAUUAAAGUUUUCAUAAAGUUAAAAAACAUGUUUCACUGUUAAUUGAGGUUUAUAAAUUAAAUUGAAACAAAAAGAAGACAAUGAUGUUACAUUAUGAAACCAAUGCUUUUACAUAAAUGAUAUAAAAAUUAAAUUAUGAUAUGACAGUUCUUUGUAAAGUAACUUAAAGUUACAAAAAUAUAAAUUUUAUGCAUCUGUACACAAAACGCAAUAGUAUUCCCUUCAUUUUACAAAAUAGAAACAUUUAUCAAUACUUUUUAUUAUUAACAUAUUUCGGAAAAUGGAAGAGUUUCCAAAUUCAAUUAUAGCCAAAUUGUGUAAUAGGAGGGAUAAAUGGAAGAAAUAAAGUUACCUUCAAUAUUACUUUAUAUAAAUUAAAAUUUACACAUGUUACAAGUAUGAAACUUUCCUUGCGAAAUGCUAUGUAAAU